AUGGACGGUCCCAUUAGCAGCCGGGACUUCCGAUGCCUGCAGUUGGCCUGUGCGGCCCUGGGCUUGGUGGCCGGCAGCAUCAUCAUCGGCGUGUCUGUGUCCAAAGCUGCAGCUGCUCUGGGCGGGAUCUUUAUGGGCGCUGCGGGUCUGGGACUCAUCCUCUUGGCCUACCCCUUUCUGAAGGCACGGUUCAACUUGGACCAUAUCCUGCCUGCGCUAGGCAGCCUUCGCAUUCACCCGAACCCAGCGCCAGAUCGCGGGGAGGGCCAGUCCAGCGCCAAUGGCAGCAAAGAGGGAGGCCGCAGCAGCCUAUCCACCGUGAGCAGGACCCUGGAGAAGCUGAAGCCAGGGGGCCGCGGGACUGGGGAGGGCUGA